CCACUUAAACCAAUGCUGGGAGACGAACCCUGGCGGUUUGUACUCUUCCUUUCCAAUGAGAAAAAAAGGAAGCGGCUUGGCCCCAAUAACCAAUCCGAGGAGGCGGCGCCUGGUUGUCAGGCAGGUUUGUAAGAGUUCGGGCCAAUUGGAGGCGCAAUCACCGCUCGACCCGGGCGCAGCGCGCAGGCGGUGGCGAGGAGACGCCGAGCGGGCCGAGUGCGGCCGAGCAAAGCCGGAGCCGGAGCGGGGCCGCAGGAGCCGGGCUGGGUCCGGACGGGCCGAGAUGCCCUAUAAACUGAAGAAGGAGAAGGAGCCCCCCAAGCUUGCCAAAGGCACGGCCAAGCCCAGCAGCUCGGGCAAGGAUGGUGGAGGCGAGAACGCCGACGAGGCCCAACCCCAGCCUCAACCGCAGCCGCAGCCGCAGCCCCAGCCCCCGUCAUCCAACAAGCGUCCCAGCAACAGCACGCCGCCCCCGACGCAGCUCAGCAAGAUCAAGUACUCCGGAGGGCCCCAGAUUGUCAAGAAGGAGCGACGGCAAAGCUCAUCCCGCUUCAACCUCAGCAAGAAUCGGGAGUUGCAGAAGCUUCCUGCCCUGAAAGAUUCGCCCACCCAGGAGCGGGAGGAGCUGUUUAUCCAGAAGCUACGCCAGUGCUGCGUCCUCUUUGACUUUGUCUCAGAUCCGCUCAGUGACCUCAAAUUCAAGGAGGUGAAGCGGGCAGGACUCAACGAAAUGGUGGAGUACAUCACUCAUAGCCGCGAUGUCGUCACUGAGGCCAUUUACCCUGAGGCGGUCACCAUGUUUUCAGUGAACCUCUUCCGGACGCUGCCACCUUCAUCGAACCCCACCGGGGCCGAGUUUGACCCGGAAGAGGAUGAGCCCACCCUGGAAGCUGCCUGGCCGCAUCUGCAGCUCGUGUAUGAGUUCUUCUUACGUUUCCUUGAGUCUCCUGAUUUCCAGCCAAACAUAGCCAAGAAGUAUAUCGACCAGAAGUUUGUCCUUGCUCUCUUGGACCUGUUUGACAGUGAGGAUCCUCGAGAGCGGGACUUCCUCAAGACCAUCUUGCAUCGCAUCUAUGGCAAGUUUUUGGGGCUCCGGGCUUAUAUCCGUAGGCAGAUCAACCACAUCUUCUACAGAUUCAUCUAUGAGACAGAACAUCACAACGGGAUUGCCGAGCUCCUAGAGAUCCUUGGCAGCAUCAUCAACGGCUUUGCCUUGCCCCUUAAGGAAGAGCACAAGAUGUUCCUCAUCCGUGUCCUGCUUCCCCUUCACAAGGUCAAGUCCCUGAGUGUCUACCACCCUCAGCUGGCUUACUGUGUGGUACAGUUCUUGGAGAAGGAGAGCAGCCUCACAGAGCCGGUGAUUGUAGGACUUCUCAAGUUCUGGCCCAAGACCCACAGCCCCAAGGAAGUCAUGUUCCUGAAUGAGCUAGAGGAGAUUCUGGAUGUCAUUGAACCUUCAGAGUUCAGCAAAGUGAUGGAACCACUCUUCCGCCAGCUUGCCAAGUGUGUCUCCAGCCCCCAUUUCCAGGUGGCAGAGCGUGCCCUCUAUUACUGGAACAAUGAGUACAUCAUGAGCCUGAUAAGUGACAAUGCUGCCCGAGUCCUCCCCAUCAUGUUCCCCGCCCUCUACAGGAACUCCAAGAGCCACUGGAACAAGACAAUCCAUGGACUGAUCUACAAUGCCCUGAAGCUGUUUAUGGAGAUGAAUCAGAAGCUAUUUGAUGACUGCACACAACAGUACAAGGCAGAGAAACAGAAGGGCCGGUUCCGAAUGAAGGAAAGAGAAGAGAUGUGGCAAAAGAUCGAGGAGCUGGCCCGACUUAAUCCCCAGUACCCCAUGUUUCGAGCUCCUCCACCACUGCCUCCUGUAUACUCGAUGGAGACGGAGACCCCCACGGCAGAGGACAUCCAGCUUCUGAAGAGGACGGUGGAGACAGAGGCUGUGCAGAUGCUAAAGGACAUCAAGAAGGAGAAGGUGCUGCUUCGGCGGAAGUCAGAGCUGCCCCAGGACGUGUACACCAUCAAGGCGCUGGAGGCACACAAGCGGGCGGAGGAAUUCCUAACUGCCAGCCAGGAGGCUCUCUGACCCCCUCACCGUCCUACUACAGGGCCACGGCCCACUCAGCCCUGGGACGCUGCCCUAGCCCUCCACCCUCUGCUCCCCACUGGCUGACUUGGGGCAAGGCAGUGCCUCUCUAGCUACUCUAGGGAGGGGAUGUGGCACUUGAAGCGGGGACCCUCACACAGUGGUCCCUCUUCUCCCCCAAAUGUGUUCAUGCCUCCCUGUGGCUAGUACAGACAGGCUGAGCACUGAGAUCCUCAGUACUCAGACAACUUGGGGAUGCCUGUCUCCCUCCUGCUCCCAACCCCACAGCUACCUGAGGCUGCUCUGAGAAAUACACACAGGAAUACAU